AUGCCAACAGUUGUCACCGAAAAAACUAAAGUUAGGGCCGAUGUUAGCAAUAGUACUGAAUUGCAGUCACUAUUGGAUCAGACAAUCAAAACCUAUGGACAGUUGGAUGUGUUGGUCAACAAUGCCGGUAUGGGUGCCGGAGCCGCAGUUACCGAUAAACAAUUUAUGCCCGUAUUUGACAAACUAAUGGCCGUUAAUUUGCGUCCGUAUGUCGAACUAAGUUAUCUGUCGGUACCGUAUUUGAACAAAACUAACGGCUCAAUUAUCAGUAUAUCUAGUGUUAAUUCAAUAGCACCGUCAAAAUCUUCAUUAGCCUAUUGUGUGUCCAAAUCGGCUAUAGAUAUGAUGACCCGUGUGUUGGCACUUGAAUUGGGACCCAAUAUACGGGUCAAUACAGUCAACCCUGGCUAUAUUGAUACACCAUUUCAUCAAGGUGAUCGCAAAAUCAUUGAACAACUAAUGCAAUACAUAAGCUCUAAGACACCAUUGAAACGUAUUGGUCAGCCCCUGGAUAUAGCCGAAGCUUGUGUUUGGUUGGCCUCCCGAUCGGCCAGUUUUAUAACCGGUACUAAUCUGGUCAUCGAUGGCGGUAUUGUCUAUAAUUUAGGCGGAUUAUUUAGUUAA